AUGGUGUCAGCCAUCCUCAUCACCAUCGCAGCCAUUCCCCCCCGCCGUGCAGCCAUCGCCCAAUCACCAAUGGCAGUUCCCAUCUCUAACCACCAUUGCAGCCACUCCUCGAUCGUCAGUGCAGCCAUCCCCACCCAUGCAGCAUUCCCCUUGCCAUAUCCCAUCGCAUGCCAUCCCCAUUCACCAUGCACGUCCAUCCACCCCCAUGCAAGCCAAUCCCACCCACGUGCAGCAUCCUCAUCACCAAUGCAGCCAUCCAUCACCCCCAUGGUAGCCACCUCAACAGACCACGAGCAUCACACUCCCAUGCAAGCCCACCAUCACGCAUGCAGCCACUUCCCAUCACCUACCGGUCUCCAGCCACCCUACCCAAUCCAUGCCAUCCUCACCACCAUGCAAGCCAUCCCCACCCCCAUGCAGCCAUCCCCAUCACAAUGCAUCCAUCCCAUCACCAUCCCAUCUCCAUGCAGCCAUCACCAUCCUCAUGACCAUGCAGCCAUCCCCAUCACCAUGCAGCCAUCCCCAUCGUCAUCACCAUCCCUAUCACCAUGCAGCCAUCCCCAUUCCCAUCACCAUGCAGCCAUCCCCAUCACCAUCCCUAUCCACAUGCAGCUGUCCUCUUUCCCAUCACCAUGCAGCCGUCCCCAUCACCAUCCCUAUCACCAUGCAGCCAUCCCCAUUCCCAUCACGAUGCAGCCAUCCCCAUCACCAUCCCUAUCACCAUGCAGCUGUCCCCAUUCCCAUCACCAUGCAGCCAUCACCAUUCCCAUCACCAUGCAGCCAUCCCCCAGCACCAUCUAG